CUGUCUACUUUCAUAUUGGAUUGGACUCAGUUGACAACACAGUGCUUCUUUUGACACAAUGGACCAGCAAAUGACUAACACAAUUUAAUUUUCUUUGUUCUGGAGUCCACAAAUGUUUUUUUUCUCUAUUAAUAUUUGGAUAGAAUAAUGUAUGUGAUUACAGAGUAUAGUUGAAAUAUCUAAAACCGAAAUGGGUCAGCAUCUGAGCGAGGAGAGUGAUCCUGACAAAGAAAUAGAUGUUGCAGAGCUGCAGGAGUGGUACAAAAAGUUUGUGGUGGAAUGUCCAAGUGGGACUUUAUUCAUGCACGAAUUCAAGAGCUUCUUUGGAGUAACGCAGAACCAGGCAGCGGCUAACUACAUUGAGAACAUGUUUAGAGCUUUUGACAAGAAUGGAGACAAUACCAUAGAUUUUCUGGAGUAUGUGGCAGCUUUAAACCUAGUGCUAAGAGGAAAAUUGGAACAUAAGCUCAAAUGGACUUUCAAAAUGUAUGAUAAAGAUGGGAGCGGGUGCAUUGAUAAAACUGAGCUCCUGGAAAUUGUAGAGUCCAUAUAUCGACUGAAGAAAGCCUGUCAUGGAGAGCUGGAUGAGGAGUGCAAUCUUCUGACCCCAGACCAAGUGGUGGACCGGAUAUUCGAGUUGGUGGAUGAAAAUGGAGAUGGUGAGCUGUCCCUGGAUGAGUUCAUAGACGGCGCAAGAAGGGAUAAGUGGGUGAUGAAGAUGCUGCAGAUGGACGUGAACCCAGGGGACUGGCUUGGAGGAGAGCAAAGAUGCAGUGCAGACUUCUGAAGGCCACCUGACAGACACUUACGAUUUUGUAAAAAUUCUGUAUGUACAAUACUGUCAUAAUGCAGUUGUAAAGUGAUGAUGUCACAGCUCUACUCCCGGACCCAAUGCAACUCUAGCUUCAAACAUUACUGUGAAAUUAUUAAAAUGUUUAAGGCUUUGAAUAUUGAUACAGUGUUUUAAGACAUCUCACUGUACAAAAACAUUAUAUGCACUCUGCA